CAGCACAAUAAAGGAGCUGCGUCACAGAUACAUAAGCGGGGAUCUGGUCAGACUAGUGCAGUUCGUUGUGUUAUGUUGUCGUUGGAAGUAAACAAACCCUCAGCAGGAGUGACGAAACUUGCUGAACAUCGGAACAGCCUUUGGUAAGUUCCAGAAGUGAGAGAAACGCAGACCGCCGUGGAUUGGACAGCGCAGGUGUUCAGGCACAGAUUACCAUGGAGGCAGUCACGCUCCUGCUAGGAGCAGCCCUGUUCAUCAUAGCUGUUCUUUUCCUUCUGCCUGCUGACAAGAGGAAGGCAAAGAUUGCCAGGCUGGUUAACAAGCUGCAUGGACCAACACAGUAUCCCAUAUUCGGCACAGCAUUGCCGUUUUUGUUUAUUAAGAGAAAUGAGACAUUCAAGUAUAUCACAGAAAACCAUAACACCUUCAGGCCAAUCUUCCGCUCUUGGAAUGGAAGUGUGCCAAAUAUACACCUUCUACGGCCAGAAGACGUCGAGGUGAUUCUGAAGAGCAGUGACCACCUGGAGAAAGGUCAUUUUUACAGGUUACUCCAUCCCUGGCUUGGAACUGGUCUGCUCACUUCCACAGGUCAGAAAUGGCAUACACACAGGAAGAUGAUAACACCAACAUUCCACUUCAGUAUCCUGGACAGCUUUGUGGAAGUGUUCUCAGACAAGAGUGAGAUCCUGGUCAGCAAGUUGCAGAAGGAAGUUGGAUCCCAGGGCUUCAACAUAUAUCCGUACAUCACCAAGUGUGCCCUGGACAUUAUCUGUGAGACUGCAAUGGGUACAUCAACACAUGCUCAAGAUGAGAGAGGUUCGGACUAUGUCAAGGCUGUCUAUGACUUGAGUGAGAUCAUAGUGAACCGCAUAUUUCGGCCGUGGCUGCAUUAUGACUUCAUCUUCAGGCUGUCGGCUUUAGGAAAAAGAAGUGACCAGUGUCUUGGUGUGCUUCAUGGAUUUACCAACAAGGUGAUCCAAGAGCGCAAGGCAUUACUUAGCAACGUGUCCAGCAAACCGUCCUUCCCACAAACUGAAGAGGAUAUUUCCAUAAGUGGCAGGAAGAGGAGGAAGGCCUUCUUGGAUCUGUUGCUGGAGGCCUCAAAUGAUGGCAUCAGGUUGACAGAUGAGGAACUGAGAGAGGAAGUGGACACAUUCAUGUUUGAGGGCCAUGACACAACAAGUGCUGGAAUGUGCUGGGCCUUGUUCCUUCUUGGACUGCAUCCCGAUGUUCAAGAUAAGGCAUACCAGGAGCAGGAGAGCAUCUUCCAGGGGUCAGACCGUACAGUCACCAUGAAGGACCUCAGUGAAAUGAAGUACCUUGAGAGGGUCAUCAAGGAGUCCCUGAGAUUGUAUCCCAGUGUUCCAUCUGUCGCUAGGAAACUCAACAAGGAUGUGAAGAUAGCGGGUUACGAUAUCCCAUCUGGAUGUACAAUCCUCACACAAAUCUACUUCCUUCAUCGGAAUCCGGAUCAGUUCCCCAACCCCGAGAAGUUCGACCCUGACAACUUCCUGCCAGAGAGGGUAGCAAAGAGACACCCCUAUGCCUACAUCCCCUUCAGCGCUGGUCCCAGGAACUGCAUAGGUCAGAAGUUUGCCCUGCUAGAGGAGAAGACUGUCUUGUCCUACAUACUGCGUCACUACAGACUGCAUUCCCUUGACAACAGGGAUAGUGUGAACCUAUUGGCUGAGCUGGUGCUCAAACCAGAGAAUGGAAUCAGACUUACCAUCAAAGCCAGAUAAGCAAUGGUUACCAGGCAACAUGUUUAGUAAUAAUUUUCCAGCUUUCUUUGUGAACUUAAGUAACAACAAUGAAUAAUACACAAUUAAAAGUUGGAAAUUUCACACUAGGUCAAACAGACUCAAGUAACUAUGAGGUUAGUGAUGAACUAAUAAAGGGAUCAAUUCAGGAAGAGAUUCCAAUCCUCCACUCUAAUUCAUGUUACCUAACCCACUUUUUAUACAUUAAAUUUAGAAGGGAGAAUAUUUGCAGACCAAACUGAAGCACUGCGUUUCUGUUAUGCAUGAAUAUUGCAAUGAAAAGAACACAAGAAUAUUUGUUAUCAUACUUGAAAGCGCCCCCAGGUCAUCACUGGACCAUGGACUUGCUUGAUGGUGAAGAAAGAAAUGUCGUCAAAAUGUCAGACUAACCAGAAAAUUUGUAUGGGGUUGGUGGUUUCAUUUGUGCAUUGUAAAAUUAAUAAUUAUGCUGCUGUUGAUUCUAAUUAGUAUAACAGCAUAAAUCCUGUUGACAUUUCGAUGGAAAGUUGUUGUAGUUAUCAGCAUCUCCAUGGAAGGAUAAGGUCAGGUCUAUGAGAAAACAAUUUAUCUGCAUGGUAAAUAUUUUAUGUUUAUAAAGAUAAACUUUGUUAAAUAUAUCUAGCAUCACCCACUUGACAAGUUCUGGAAAGACAGUUACAUUUGUACUAAGAUACUGUCUUGAUGGGAUACUCAUCAUCAUUUAUUCCAUUCUGUAGAUCCUAACUCAGUUACAGAAACCAUGGAUAUGGAAAUCAUCAAAAAAAGUCAAAAUAUUUGCAUACAUAAUACAGAAAGUCACAAAUACAUAUAAUUGUAAUUAAAGUAUGUGGUUAUUAUAAGUAAUAUUAGGUAUAGUAAUUAUAUUAGUUAAAAUUAUAAUCAUAAUAUUUGUCUAAGGAAUAAAAUGAAUUAGAAAGAAGAAAUCUUUUAGGGCCAGUUUAAAUAGUCUCACUUCAUUGCUUGAUGUUGGUAGGUGUAAAUUCAUACUAUAUCUAGUAUUAAUACUGUGAAUCUCUUGAUGAGAUUUAUAUUGGUCUUUAUUUUUACAACAAAUAAUGAUAAAGAAAAUAUAUAUUGUGAAUGUAGAGGUAAGAUCUUUAUGUCUAUAAAUAGUUCCCUACAAGAAUCUCUAGUUUUUGCAUUCAUUAAUUCAGAUUAUAUGUUUUUGGAUUUUGAAAAUAUUAAUACCAUGGGGAGAAUUACCCCAGAAAAUUAUACCAUAUGUCAUAAAUGAAUGUAUGUAGGAGAAAUAAAUCACCCUUAGAGUUUUCUCUCACAUAA